AUGUUAAGAUUGGGUAUUAUAUCACGUAGUUUGAGGACUACUAUGAUAAAAGGAAAUACUAUAUCUCGUCCUAUUAUAUUAAAUACUACUGGUGGUUUUAAUGGUGGUAGAAGAUUUAAUUCAAAUACGUCAAAUACUUUAAAUACUUUAAAUACUUCAAGUACUUCAAAUACUAAUGAAAUAUCAGAUAGAUUAACUUCUUUUGUUGAAAAUUCAGAUUUAAAUAAUACUAUAACUACUAAUUUACAUUCAAAUCAAUUAGGUUAUCUUGAUAGUAUAGGUUUAGCUCAAGGUUGGGGUCCAACUAGUAUAAUUGAAAAAUUAUUAGAAUUAACUCAUGUAUAUAGUGAUUUACCGUGGUGGACAAGUAUAAUUGUUUUAACUUUAGGUAUUAGAGUUUUAUUAUUUCCUUUAUAUGUUAAGUCAAGUUCAAAUGCAACUAGAAUGUCAAAAGUUAAACCACAAUUAGAUCUAUUAAUGAAAGAAAUUAAAAAUGGUGAUGUACAAGAUCAAAUGAGAGGUAUGGAAAAAAGAAGAAAAAUAAUGAAACAAAAUAAUAUAUCAACAUUAGCUACUUUAGCUCCAAUGGUUCAAUUACCAUUGGCUUAUGGGUUUUUUCAAGCUUUAAGAAAAAUGUCAAAUUAUCCAGUCGAAGGCUUUACUAAUCAAGGUUAUGCAUGGUUUCAAGAUUUAACAGCUGUUGAUCCUUAUUUAGGUUUACAAACUAUUGCUGCCUUAUCAAUUAUUGCUGUUGUUAGAAUUGGUGGUGAAACUGGUCAACAUGCAUUUGCAAAAUCAAUGAAAACGGUAAUGACAAUUGUUCCAUUAGUUUCAAUUUUAAUUACUAAAAACUUUUCUGCUGCAAUUGUAUUAUAUUUUGCUGUUAAUUCAAUUUUUUCAUUAUUUCAAAGUUUUAUACUAAAAAAUAAUUUUUGUAGAAAAUUAUUAAAAAUGCCUCCUAAAUUAACACAACAACAAUUGGAAAAUUCAAAUCAAAAUGCAAAUCAAUCUUUAAAAGAAACAUUUAAUUCUUUUAUUGAAACUAAUAGAGAAAAAGCCAUUGAAAAAACAAAACAAGCAAAUAAGAAAUUAGAAGUUAAACAUCAAAGAAAAUUAACAAAUCAAAAUACUUAUAUUAAAAGACAUUAA